AUGGCUGCUGAAGCAGCGAUCUCGGCUCUAAAGGAUCCUUGCGUGGAUUGGGACGUCCUAGCGGAAGAUGAAGUGUCUAUGAUUACACGAAGAUGUGAAGAGUUGCUAAAGUGCUUGGCAUCUCCGAUUUCACUUCACAAUCACAGCAAAGAACUUUUCGCGGUCGAAAGUGCUUGUUUCAGUUGGUUUACUUUCGUGGACGCAAAAAACCUGACUAAUUUGGAUUUGUUUAUUGACAAAGAUUAUCUGCAAAAGGUCCAAACCGCACGAUGUUUUGAUCAUCGUGUUAUGAAAGACAUCGCUGACCGGUUCGACGAAGAAGGAAAUGUUAACUUUGGGAGCGAAUUUAAUAUGACUGAAGAACAAUUGGUUCUUACCAUACUUUGUGGUAUCAUUGAAAAAAGAAACAGACGCAACUGUAAGUUCGAAGUGCUAUGCGAAGCUCUACAGCUUGAAAAGAGCAGUUACUACUCAGUAAAGGCGUUUCUAAAUAGCGGUCGUGAUGAGGAACGAAUGCCUAGACAUUUGGUUGUGGUUAGUUGCUGGCCAUUUUCUUGUGACUGGAGUGCAAUCCACUAUGCAAGCCUUGUUUGGGUGGACAAAGCAAUGCUCGACUUUGAUAUACUCGCUCAUGAAGAGGCGCUUCGACGGCGGCGGUCUACGGAGACUUUUCCGAUGAAUCCUGCAUGUUCAGGAAAUCGACCAUUUGAGGCGAUGGGGUGCCUUCUUUUCAAAAAACAAUUCGUUUAUCAUGGAUUGUCUGCGGCUGCACGCAAAGUGUACUCGAAGUGCUGGUAUUGCAAGUCGGAAGAUCGAGAAAAGCACUCGCCACCUAGAGGUUAUGAAUACGAAGUCGUUCUGGUUGGACACAUCAGUGACCGUACGCGGUCGUUUAUGAUCAGAGCACGACAACGUCAGUAUGGCGAGCGGUCUGACCCAUCUGAGGCUCUGAAACGAUCGUCAUGGAAGGAGUUGAGAUCCGGUCAUUCGGCCUCGGAAGUCCCACCUUCGAGUGUUGGUAAUUUUAAUUCUAAUCGCUGUACAUACUGUUCCUUCGUUUUCUCUGGUGAAGUGUGGAAGCUUCCAGUUUACUUCUUAUAUAAGAAAACUGAGGAACUGUGA